CCUGUGCUGCCAGAGCGCAUCUGAUCUCUGAGUUAAAAUCCAAAAACAUGGAAGCCGCAAGAAAUCCAGACAUCAUCACACUUUCCGAAGAUGAGGAAAGCAUCCAUCCUACGAAGGUGUCGGAGGGUGAGCCGGCAUUUGCAAACGUGCAGGACGAUGAUGAUGAUGAAGAUGCCCUUACUACAGAGGAGGAGCUGUGCUUAAGGCAGGACACGAUGAGAGAGUUUUUCCUCCAGCAGCUGAAGGUCUUAAGAGAAUCUGUGGUUUCUUCUCAGACCAAGAUGCAGGAGGAUUUAAAAGCCUCCAGCGAGGCCACAGAAACUAACCUGAAGGAGGAGCUGAAUCAUUAUACUGAGAGGCUAGAAGCACGGGUCCAAACUGAUCUCCAGAUGCUGGAUGAACAUUUUAAAGCAGCUGGACAUAGGGUGGAGGAAAUGGUAAAGGCCAUGGCGGAAUCAGUGACCAAGAGGAUGAACGACAUGGACAAGAAACUGGACGGACUGGCUUCAAGGAUCACAGCAAUGGAAGUGGAGGUCUGCAGUAUGGUGGCUUCUACCUCAUUUGUAGAGAGCAUACCUUUUCCUGUGCUUACGGCAGACCGUGCUGUUGACCAGCCCUCAGAAGAAGCUGAAGCACUGUCUUCCACUCAGGUGCCAGAUGAGGGGAGCGUCACAGAGAUCUCUGUGGACAUUGAGAGUCUGCCUCCUCUAUCUCCGAUCAGCCCAGGUCAGGGUGCAGUGUUGACCACGUCAAUGUACAUUGAGACCAUCACUGACCAGCUGUUAGAAGAAGCUGAAGCACUGUCUUCCACUCAGGUGCCAGAUGAGGGGGGCGUCACAGAGAUCUCUGUGGACCUUCUGAGUCUGCCUGUUUCCUCAGGAUAUCAGAAACGGCCCAUUUUGCACAAACGUAAGCUGGCCCAUUCCUUCGAGGACCUGGAACCUGAACUAGUUGUCAAACUGAGGCCCUACACAAGUCAGAAGUGUACUAAGCAGGAGAAACUGACAGGACUCCAAGCUGCGUACUUUGAUCUUCAAAUGGACCGGCUGAAAAUCACUGGUAUGUUUACAUUUUCCUUUCCAUUGUGCGUUGAGGCUUCAUAG